UUUUGUUUUCUAUAACAUUUGAGAAUAUAGCAUCCAUUAAAAAAAAAACUAUCAUUACUUUGUUGGUGAAAUUAUGAUGAGAAAAUUUAAUAUCCUUAUAUUUCAUUCAUUGUUGGUGUUGUCUUUCACCAUUGGAUUCAACUCAGCAAUGAAAUGCAAAGAGAAGGAGAGACAUGCGCUCCUCACGUUCAAGGAAAGUGUUCAAGACCAUCAUGACAUGUUGUCGACAUGGAAGCAAGGUCCAAAUGAAGAUUGCUGCACAUGGAUGGGAGUCAAAUGCAACAACCAAACAGGUUAUGUUCAAAGUCUUGAUCUUCAUGGUUCAGAAACUGGUUAUUUGAGUGGUGAAAUCAAUCCAUCCAUAACUGAGUUGCAACAUCUAAUUUAUCUAGACCUCAGUGGUUAUGGAUACUAUGAAAAUGUUGAUGCUGAUUUUAUUUAUGAAUGGAAAAAUCAUGGUUAUUAUGGCAAGAUUCCUUCUCACCUUGGGAAACUAUCACAACUACGACACUUAGAUCUCAGCAACAAUCAACUCUCUGGACUAAUUCCUUUCCAACUUGGGAAUCUUUUAUCAUUGCAGUCUCUUAUACUCUGUGACAACUCUGACCUUAGAAUCAAAAACCAAGUUCAAGGAGAUGUUGAGUGGUUAUCAAAUCUCUCUUCUUUGAGAGUUUUUGACUUGAGUGGAGUUCAAAAUCUCAACGAUUCUGUGCAGUUCCUAAUGAAGCUUCCAGGACUUGAAGAGUUACACCUAAGAAAUUGUCGUCUUUCUGACGCCAAUAUUCUUCCUUUAUCUAGAGCUCAUUGGAACUUUUCCACUAGUUCUCUUAUUGUCUUGGAUUUGUCUGAAAAUCAAUUGGCAUCAUCAAUGAUAUUUCAAUGGCUGCUUAACUACAGCUCCAAUCUUCAACACCUUGACCUUUCGUUUAACUUGUUAAAAGGCGUCAUUCCUGAUGAUUUUGACAACGUAAUGCAUUCAAUUGUAAGUCUCAAUCUCUCAAGCAAUUAUCUAGAAGGAAAGAUUCCAAAAUCCAUCGGGAAUAUAUGCACUUUACAAACAUUUGUUGCUGAUGAUAAUAACUUGAGUGGAGAGCUAUCAAGUUUCAUUCAUAUCAAUGAAUCCAAAUGUAACAGAAACGUGUCGUCGUUACAAGAACUGGCGUUGGGGGUCAAUUUGAUUUCAGGCACGUUACAGGACCUUGCAGUGUUGUCAUCUUUGAGAAGGUUAGAGCUGCAUCACAAUAAAUUAACUGGAGAAAUUCCCACGAGCAUGGGAUCGCUUUCAAAGUUAGAGAUUUUGAGGUUGGGUGGAAACUCUUUUGACGGGUUUGUCUCAGAAACCCACUUCACAAACCUCUCUAACUUGAAACUCCUACAUUUCUCCGACAACUCACUGCUGACUAUAAAGGUUAGUGAUGACUGGAUUCCUUCUUUUCAAUUAGUUGAUUUAGCUCUAUCAGGUUGCAAUCUGAAUUCUAGAUUUCCUAAUUGGCUUCAAACACAAAAUGAAUUAUCUUAUCUUUACCUUUCAAAUGUUAGUAAUCUAUCUCCAAUACCUCUAUGGUUUUGGGGAAAAUUACAAACACUAGUUUACAUGGAUAUUUCACACAACAAUCUCACGGGAAAGAUUCCUAGUUUGGAACUAAACCUUGCCAACCAUACUUCUAUAUAUUUGCAUUCAAAUCAACUUGAAGGUUCCAUUCCUCCUUUCUUAUUGCAAGCAGUAUUAUUGGAUUUCUCUAAUAAUAAACUUUCAGAGUUAGCUUCCUCUCUAUGCAGCAAAAGUAAGCCUAGUAUUUUGAUUUUGGAGUUAUCAAACAAUCAACUGAAGGGUGAGCUACCUAACUGUUGGAAUAAUUUAACCUCAUUACAACUUGUUAAUCUGGCCAAUAACGAGUUGUCGGGAAAUAUUCCAUUCUCAAUGGGCUUUCUUGUUAACUUGAUUGUAUUGAUGUUAAGAAAUAACAGUUUGAGUGGACAACUUCCUUCUUCCUUGAAUAACUUGUCAAACAAUUUGGAAUGGUUGGACCUUGGAGAAAACAUGUUUCAUGGUCCAAUACCUUCAUUCAUUGGAGAAAGUUUACACCAGUUAAGAAUCUUAAGCCUGCGGUUUAAUAACUUUAAUGGAAGUUUACCUUCAAAUCUUUGUUAUUUGAGAAAACUUCAUGUGCUGGAUUUGUCAUUCAAUAACAUAUCAGGAGGAAUACCGACCUGUGUGAACAACUUUACUUCAAUGACUCAAGACUUCAUAAGACCAAUUGGAUUGGAGUAUUCAUUCGCAAAUGAGGAAGUGGAUAUUUCGAGCAUAUUAUUGAUGUGGAAAGGUGUCGUACACACAGUCUACGAAAGAGAAGAUUUUUUGAAAAGCAUUGAUCUCUCAAGCAACAAUCUUAUAGGAGAAAUACCAAAAGAAAUGGAGUAUUUGUUUGCUUCUCACAAGACAACACCGGUUUUGCUCUCCACUGUUGGCAUUCCACCCUUGUCUAUUGCUAAGAACAAUCUUCGAUUAUUCUCCGGUCUUCUUUUUCACUAAGAAAAUGGAGACAUGAAGUGCAAAGAGAGGGAGAGACACGCACUCCUCACAUUCAAACAAAGUGUUCAAGACAAAUAUGGCAUGUUGUCCACGUGGAAGGAAGGUCCAAAUGAAGACUGCUGCACAUGGAAUGGAGUUCAUUGCAACACCCAAACAGGUUAUGUUCAAACGCUUGAUCUGCAUGGAUCUGAUACGAAAUAUUUGAGUGGUGAAAUCAAUCCUUCAAUAGCUAUGCUUCAAUAUCUAAAAUAUCUGGACCUUAGUUUUUUGAAUAAUAGUGGUCAAAUCCCAAAAUUUAUUUGCUCCUUUAGCAAAUUACGAUACCUCAAUCUCUCAUAUAGCUUUUAUAAUGGCGAGAUUCCUUCUCACCUUGGAAGUCUCGCACAAUUGCAACACCUUGAUCUAAGUGACAAUGAACUCAGUGGAGCAAUUCCUUUCCAACUUGGGAAUCUCACACAAUUGCAACACCUUGAUCUCAGCAACAACAAACUCAGUGGGGCAAUUCCUGUUCAGCUUGGGAAUCUCACACUUUUGCAACACCUUGAUCUCAGCUCCAAUAAACUCAGUGGAGCAAUUCGUGUUCAACUUGGAAAUCUCACACAAUUGCAACACCUUGAUCUCAGCUACAAUAAACUCAGUGGAGCAAUUCCUGUUCAACUUGGAAAUCUUUCAUUGUUGCAGUCUCUUAGACUCUGUUACAAUUCUGAUCUUAGAAUCAACGGCCAAACUCAAGGUAAUGUUGAGUGGCUAUCCAACCUCUCUUUUUUGAGAAAUCUUGACUUGACUGGAGUUCAAAAUCUCAACAAUUCUGCUCAUCACACUUUGUUAUCCAUAGGGAAGCUUCCAAUUCUAGAAGAGUUGUAUCUAAGUGAAUGUGGCCUUUCUGACUCCAAUAUCCCUUUGUUAUCUGAUUCCCAUUUGAAUUUUUCCACUUCUCUUACUCACCUUGAACUAGAUUCGAAUCAGUUAACAUCAUCAUCGAUGAUAUUCCACUGGGUGUUUAACUACACCUCCAAUCUUCAAGUCCUCUAUCUGAAUAAUAACUUACUAAAAGGUAUCAUUCCUGAUGAUUUUGGCACUAUAAUGCACUCACUUGAGACACUCUAUCUAGAUUACAAUAGUCUAGAGGGCAAGAUCCCUAAAUCCAUUGGGUAUAUACGGACCCUGAAGGAUUUUAGAGUUGAUAAUAAUCACUUGAGUGGAGAGCUUUCAGAUUUUAUCAUCCAUCAUAACUAUUCCAACUCUAUUGGAAAUGUAUCCUCUUUACAAGUAUUGUCAUUAUCGGAUAAUCAUAUUUCCGGCAUGUUACCUGACCUUUCAGUCCUCUCAUCUUUAAUACGGUUGAAUCUUGACAACAAUAAAUUAAUUGGAGAAAUACCCAUGAGCGUCGGAUCGCUUACGGAGUUAGAGGGUUUGUUCCUGAGGGAUAACUCUUUUGAAGGUAUACUCUCUGAAUCUCAUUUCACAAACCUCUCCAAAUUGAAUAACCUAGAUUUGUCUCAUAACUCGUUCACUAUGAAGGUUAGUGAUCAAUGUUAGACGCUGGCCUAUAGAUCUAGAGGGGGGGUGAAUAGAUCUCACUAAGUUUUUACAGAUUUUUCUACAGACUCGAGCGAAAGCGGUUCUGAAUCGACUUGCGUCUAUUCUGGACCGCUAUUGCAAAGGUCGUAUGUGUUUCAAAACCAAAAAGUAAGUGGAAUUGAUGGUGAAGUAAUAUGAUAGCUAACCAAUACGUUUAACAACUGAAAUCCAAUUAACUUCUAGACUGACAACUUUGAUUUGCAAUGCAGUAAGAUUGGAUAAAGCAAAAACACAAACACUUGGUGAUAGGUUCAAAUUGAUAGUGAUUCAAGUUGUGGUGAAUUGUGAUGUUUGUGCAGAACUUUAAUUCACAAUUUUAACACUUGAAUCGUUGAUCAAUUUUGCACUUAUAACCAAUUAUGAACAGAAAGUAAAAGAGAAAGUAAAAGCGACAAGAACACGAUAUUUGUUUAGGCAGUUCGUCGAUCGUCCUCGCUACGACUACGUCUGCCCCCAAUUCCAAAUUGAAAUUGGGUAAUCUUUCAUUAAUGUUGAAAGUAGUAUAUACAAAGAAGAUAACAAAGCGAUAAACGAUAAACCAAUUAUGUCGAUCCUUUGAAUCUUCUUCCCCCUUAAUCUUGAGUCAGAUCAAGGUUAUCCAAGAGCUUCACUUUGAUUCCCUUCUGCAGUGUCUUGAUUCCUUGAACUCCCCGUUCCUCAAUCGUUACACUCAGCCGAAUCCUCAAUGAACGCCUCUUGAUAAAAACCCCCAAGAACCACCCGUCGUGGAGGACAAAACCCGCAGAUUUUAUUCACCAACAAACCCCACAAACCUUCACCCACUAGGAAUCUUCAAUUCCGUUCCAUGGACGUUAUCGAACUCAUCACUAACCCGCAACGCAAGAAUGAUUAUGUGUAAUUGUGUUGGAGAUGAUGAAGAACGAAGAUGAGAAGCGUUUGUGUAUCUUUCAGUCGUUAGUGUUACUGAAUAAUUAACCCUUGCACAAUAUAUAUGAUUGCAUAGCAGUUGGAAUCAAGAAUAACUGAAUUUUGGACUAUCUUGAUCAGUUAGGUCGACCUCUUGUAGAGGUUAGGUCGACCUAGCAGUGCUUGCUGAAUUUUGCUCCCAGUUAGGUCGACCUGUUGAAGGAGUAGGUCGACCAGAAUCCUCUUCUGGUGCGUUCUGGGAACAUUUUCUCAGAUUAGGUCGACCUAGUUGCUAUGUAGGUCGACCUAACAGACUGAUAUGAAGAUUUCUUCAUUUUGAGUCGACCUGAAUGGUCUGUGAGUCGACCUAGCAGAAGUAUAUGGAUUUUCCUUCAUUUUAGGUCGACCUGGGUUGACAGUAGGUCGACCUAACUGCUGAUUUUCUGCAUUUUUCAUGUUCAGCUUGUGUUGAGUCGACUUAUAUGCAUAGUAGAUCAUCUUGUGCUUUCAUGAGUGAUCAAAUGCUUUACUUUUCUGAUUCCUCCUUGUUGUUUGGAUGCUCAUUUGAGUUUGCCAUAAAUCAAAAACAUCUUUGAGUGUAAUCUUGUAUUCACAUACUCCCCCUUUUUGAUGAUGGCAAACCAAUAGUCAAAAGCUUUGGUAGUAAGUGAUGAAGACUCAACAAGGCUCCCCCGUACAUCCAGCAUCUAUCUCUCAACCAAGAAGUCUCUUCACAAAGCUCCCCCGUACACUCAGCAUCUAUCUCUCAACCAAGAAGUCUCUUCACAAAGCUCCCCCGUACACUCAGCAUCUAUUGUAUUUAUCUCCCCCUUUGACAACAUCAAAAAGAGAAACAAGAAAAUAGAGUAGGAGAGUAACAAGAGAAAUAAAGAAUACCGGUAGUCAUAGAGAUAGAUAACAUGUAAAUGGUGAAAUCAUAAGAACUAAACAUGUUUUAAAGAAAACCAACAACAUACAUAGUAGUCCAAGAGAUUAAUAAAAGACAACAAAGAGUACUACAUCAUAUAAUGUUUUAACAAAAAGAACUUAAUGACAUGAAAUGCAAUGAAAUGAUGAUAUGAUAAACGAUAUGUCCUAACGCCUGCCCCUUCUUCCUCUUCCUCUUUGAAAUGUAUGAGGUCGAUCUUCCUCAACCUGUUCCAACAAAUCCAGCACAGACAUGUUAAGAGUAUUGAAGCUUUGGCUUAUGUUAGCAUGGCGAUGCAAUGCCGUUUCCUCAAACUGAUUCUGCCUCAAUACAGAGUUGGAUGCAAACGUCUCAAAAUCGUUCUUUUGUUCCUGAACCAAGCCGUACAACGAUUGAUAUUGACGUUGUUGUUCCUCAUAUCUCUCUUGUUGAAGCUGCUGCAUUGUUUGAAAUUGAAGCUGUUGAGUUUCAAAGUUCUGCUGUUGUUGAAGUUGCAUAGCUUCAAGCAUAGAUAUUAUGUUGGAUUGAUCAGGAGGAGGUGGAGUUGUGUAUCCCCAAGGGAUAUCCUCUUGUUGUGGCAGAACAUAUCUCCAAUUUGCAUCCGUGUCAUGAGCUGCAUCUUCCAUGGUAUGAUCCUCAUCAUUUGCUAUUUCUUGAUCAUUUCCUUCUUCUUCAUUUUCUGCAGUGUGACCAAAUUCUGUAGGAUCAUCAUAGUUGUAGAGGAUU